AUGGAAUCAAUCUCUAUGAUGGGAAGUCCUAAGAACCUCAAUGAAACUUUUCUACCAAAUGUUGCCAAUGGCAUCAAGGAUGCCAGUAAGAUCACAAUAGGCAUCAUUGGAAGUGGAGACUUUGCUAAGUCAUUGACAAUUAGGCUUAUCAGAUGUGGGUACCACGUGGUUGUAGGAAGCAGAAACCCUAAACUUGCUGCUGAGGUCUUUCCCCAUGUGGUUGAUGUCACUCACCAUGAAGAUGCAGUAGCAAAAACAAACAUCAUUUUUGUAGCCAUACACAGAGAACAUUAUGCCUCUUUGUGGGACCUCAAGCAUUUACUCGCUGGUAAAAUUCUGAUUGAUGUUAGCAAUAAUACAAGAGUAGACCAAUAUCCGGACUCCAAUGCAGAGUAUUUGGCAUCACUUUUCCCAGAUUCCCUGAUUGUCAAAGGAUUCAAUGUCGUUUCAGCGUGGUCACUGCAGUUAGGACCAAAGGAUGCCAGCAGACAGGUCUAUAUAUGCAGUAACAAUGUUCAGGCUCGCCAUCAAGUUAUUGAGCUUGCCCGUCAGCUCAGUUUUAUUCCUAUUGAUUUGGGGGCAUUGUCAUCUUCAAGGGAGAUUGAAAACUUACCUCUGCGACUGUUCACACUGUGGAAGGGGCCUGUAGUGAUUGCCAUUAGCCUGGCAACGUUUUUCUUCAUCUAUUCUUUCAUCAGAGAUGUAAUCCAUCCAUAUGUGAGAAAUCAGCAGAGUGACUUUUACAAGAUCCCCAUUGAGAUCGUGAACAAGACUCUACCAAUUGUCGCUAUCACUUUGCUUUCUCUAGUGUAUUUGUCAGGACUUAUUGCAGCUGCUUAUCAGCUUUACUAUGGUACCAAGUAUAGGCGAUUUCCACCUUGGCUGGACAACUGGCUCCAGUGUCGAAAGCAGCUUGGACUGCUCAGUUUUUUCUUUGCAACAGUGCAUGUGGCAUACAGCCUCUGCUUACCCAUGAGGAGAUCGGAGCGAUACUUGUUCCUCAAUAUGGCAUAUCAACAGGUUCAUGCAAAUGUUGAAAAUUCUUGGAAUGAGGAAGAAGUGUGGCGAAUUGAAAUGUAUAUCUCUUUUGGAAUAAUGAGUCUUGGAUUGCUUUCUUUGCUGGCAGUAACUUCCAUCCCUUCAGUAAACACUGCCUUAAACUGGAGGGAGUUCAGUUUCAUUCAGUCUACACUUGGAUACGUUGCUCUGCUCAUAAGUACUUUCCAUGUACUGAUCUAUGGAUGGAAAAGAGCUUUUGAAGAAGAGUAUUACAGAUUUUAUACACCACCAAAUUUUGUUCUUGCCCUUGUUUUGCCUUCCAUUGUAAUUCUAGGUAAAAUCAUUUUACUUUUGCCAUGUGUAAGUAGGAAACUGAGGAGAAUUCGAAGAGGAUGGGAGAAAAGCCAUGUUAUAGAAGAAGCAAGUGGGUCUGUUCCACACCUCUCCCCAGAAAGGAUAACUGUGAUGUGAUCAUAGACUAGUAUUUGUUAGCAC